GUCCGGCCCGCUCCCGCUGCUGGCGGUCCCGGCGUCGCGAGUUCCCGCUCUCCCGCCCCCUCCUUCCCAACCUCCGAGCCGGCUCCGCGCUCUCCUCGGCCUCCCGCUCCCUGCCCACGGCCCCGGCGCAGCAGCCCUAUGGCGUACAGUCAGGGCGGCGGCAAGAAGAAAGUCUGCUACUAUUACGACGGUGAUAUUGGAAACUAUUACUAUGGACAAGGACAUCCAAUGAAACCUCACAGGAUCCGAAUGACUCACAACUUGCUGCUAAACUAUGGCUUAUACAGAAAAAUGGAAAUUUAUCGACCCCACAAAGCAACUGCCGAGGAAAUGACCAAGUACCAUAGUGAUGAAUACAUCAAAUUUCUCCGAUCAAUAAGGCCUGACAAUAUGUCUGAGUACAGCAAGCAAAUGCAGAGAUUUAAUGUUGGAGAAGAUUGUCCUGUAUUUGAUGGCCUAUUUGAGUUUUGUCAGCUGUCAACUGGAGGCUCUGUUGCUGGGGCAGUAAAAUUGAACAGACAACAAACAGACAUGGCUGUCAAUUGGGCUGGGGGACUUCACCAUGCCAAGAAAUCGGAGGCAUCUGGUUUCUGUUAUGUCAAUGAUAUUGUGCUUGCCAUCCUUGAGUUACUGAAAUAUCACCAAAGAGUGUUGUAUAUUGAUAUCGAUAUCCAUCAUGGUGACGGUGUUGAAGAAGCAUUUUAUACCACAGAUCGUGUCAUGACAGUAUCAUUCCAUAAGUAUGGUGAAUAUUUUCCAGGCACAGGGGACCUUAGGGACAUUGGUGCUGGAAAAGGCAAAUACUAUGCUGUCAACUUUCCAAUGAGGGAUGGUAUAGAUGAUGAAUCAUAUGGACAGAUAUUCAAACCAAUUAUAUCUAAAGUAAUGGAGAUGUACCAGCCCAGUGCUGUGGUAUUGCAGUGUGGAGCAGAUUCACUGUCUGGGGACAGACUGGGAUGCUUUAAUCUUACUGUUAAAGGUCAUGCUAAAUGUGUGGAAGUUGUAAAGACUUUUAACUUGCCAUUGCUGAUGUUAGGAGGAGGGGGCUACACAAUUCGUAAUGUGGCUCGGUGCUGGACAUAUGAAACUGCUGUUGCCUUAGAUUGUGAAAUUCCCAAUGAGUUGCCAUACAAUGACUACUUUGAGUAUUUUGGACCAGACUUCAAGCUUCACAUUAGUCCUUCAAAUAUGACUAAUCAGAAUACACCAGAAUAUAUGGAGAAGAUCAAGCAACGCUUAUUUGAGAACUUGCGCAUGUUACCUCACGCACCUGGUGUACAGAUGCAGGCCAUUCCUGAAGAUGCUGUUCAUGAAGACAGUGGAGAUGAGGAUGGAGAAGAUCCAGACAAACGCAUUUCUAUUCGAGCCUCUGAUAAGCGCAUAGCCUGUGACGAAGAAUUUUCAGAUUCUGAAGAUGAAGGGGAAGGUGGACGACGAAAUGUUGCAGAUCAUAAGAAAGGAGCAAAGAAAGCCAGAAUAGAAGAAGACAAAAAAGAGACUGAGGACAAAAAAGCAGAUGUUAAGGAGGAGGAUAAAGCCAAGGACAGCAGUGGUGAAAAGACAGACGCCAAAGGAGCAAAAUCAGAGCAGCUCAGCAACCCUUGAACAAAAGAUAGCCUCUCAUCAGUUGCAGAACAUAAUACUAGUCUGAGAAUACCUAAAAGGAGAAAAGUUUUCGUAUGGAGAGAGACUGCUGAUUUCAUUUUGUACUAUUUGGCAUGGACUGUAUUUAUUUUCAAACGGCUUUGUUCUGUUUUUUGGCAAGUUGUAUUGUGAGUUUUCUAAUUAUGAGGCAGAAAUUCCUUUCUUCACCAUGCUUUAUGUAAUAGUAUUUAAAAAUGGAUGUGAGUUAUUAUGUUAAAUGUCUAAACUGAUCUAUUAAAGUAAUUUGCCUUUCCUGAGCUGAUUUUACCUUUUUUGUAAUUUUAUCUUUAUUAAAAAAAAAAAAAAAUUG